GUCCCGCCCUGGAGCAGACUUCCCGCUCGGCAGACACCCGAGGUGAGAGGCACCAGCGGGGAUCCUGGAGCCAUGGGGUGCACGCGCGAUGCCAUCCUAGAUGCACUGGAGAGCCUGACCGCCGACGAGCUCAAGAAGUUCAAGAUGAAGCUGCUCUCGGUGCCGCUGCGCGACGGCUAUGGGCGCAUCCCGCGGGGAACACUUCUGCCCAUGGAUGCCAUGGACCUCACCGACAAGCUGGUCAGCUACUAUCUGGAGCCAUAUGGCGCCGAGCUUACGGCGCUCGUGCUCCGUGACAUGGGCAUGCAGGAGGUGGCAGAGCAGCUGCAGGAGACCAUGCGCAAGGCCCCCGGAGCAAAGCCAGCUGGGAUCAAGGCCCCUCCCCAGGCAGCAGCCAAGCCAGCACCGCACUUUGUGGACCAGCAUCGGGCGGCCCUCAUCGCACGGGUCACAGACGUGGAUGGGGUGCUGGAUUCCCUGUAUGGGAAGGUCCUGACAGAAGAUCAGUACCAGGCAGUGCGGGCAGAGCACACCAACCCAACCAAGAUGAGGAAGCUCUUCAGCUUUGCUCCAGCCUGGAACACGACCUGCAAGGAUCUACUCCUUCAGAGCCUAAGGGAAACCCAGCCCUACCUGGUGGAUGACCUGGAGCGGAGCUGAGCAUCUUCCCCAGCAGCAGCCCUACAUAUGACCCUUCACUGUUCCAUCCAACUUACCUGGAAUCUAAUUUUUUUUAUAUCUACAAUACAUGAAAAACCAGCUCGUA